AUGCAUCUCGACAUAUCUCGAUGCAAAAAUCUCAACGACAGCGGUGAGGCGGAGGCGAGGGUGGCAUCAGCGAUGCUUAUGCAGCGCCAGCGGGUGAGGCCACUUCCUCAAGGUUUCUUUCGCCAUCUUUCGCCAAGAAGACUGUUGCCUCCUAUUGUAAACGGUAGACCAUCACCGUCUCAGGCUGGCGAAGGCAUGCUGGUGGCGGCCGGUAGCCUUGGAACUGGCCCUGGGAGCUUGUCAACAACUCAGAACUUGGAUGCGCUUUUGCUGCGCGUCUUGUGGCUUUCUUGUGGUUCCACUACAGCGGCCCACCAGAGCUUGCAGAAGGUUGGGUGUUUGGCUGCCAACCGAUGGGCCGAAGGAGAGAAGCGCCGAACCAUGUCGAGACACUGUCACGAUGCUAGCAGCUAG